AUGCAAGGAUCACAACUCAAGAAACGAUAUUCUGCAGAACAGAAGAAACAGUUACUUGCUAAUCUGGACCUGGAAGUCGACCAUAAGACGCGUCAACUCGAGGAAUGGCUGGCGGAUGCGCUCGAGAACUUUCUCAGACACCAGGAGGGUCUCAUCUCACGCACGCCACGUCUCGUGCGCGAUAUUACCAUGUUAGAAUUCGCCAAGUAUAAAGGCAACGUGCAGGAGUGCGUGAAGGGACUGAAGAGAGAAAUCCUAGGUGCCGAAGAUACCGCUAUCGACAGAAGCACGCGGAAGAGGAAGUGGGUGGCGUCACAGGACUCGACGGAGAGGGUGGACGUAAAAGUGGGCCAUGAUCCAGCUGGCGUGGGCGAAUCGUCGAGAGGAGUGAAGAGCGCUCGCACAAUGCCUACUACUCCUCAGAAGAUGGCCGGCCCUUCAAAUGGCGUGGGGACUGCGCAGAGAGCGAGGUUCCCAUUGAACAAGACUCCUGGAACAAUCCGUACGAUCAAACGCAUACCUUCGGGGAUGAAUACCCCUACACGCAAAGCAGUAACAGCGGCCUCCUCGAAGCCCCCCUUCUUCGCUCGCCCCGCAUCUCCAACCAAGCUCCCAUCACCAUCCAAACGACCAAUUCGUCCACCAUCCUCCUCGUCCUUCAAUCCCAUCCUCCCUGCGCACGCCAUGCAGCCACGCUGGCCGAAGUACAACGAGAGCAUGCUCAGCGUGAAUGGCUCCCCGCUCGCGAACCCGUACCAGCUCGGGCUGAACGGCUGGCUGCGCACCGUCUCGGAAAGCGAAGGUACCGAACGCGCGGACAGCGACGCCGAGAGCGAGCGCGGCGGAAAGAAGCUCGUGCGGAAGGCGAGCAGCAUCAUCGUGCGCUCGUCCGGCGAGAGCGGCGGACAUUCGCGCACCAACUCACAGACGAGUGUGGUCGCGCCGCCGCAUGGCACGCAUUCGCGCGCGAACUCACAGACUAAUGCGGGCGGGUUCGUCCCGAACCGGUCGAACAAUGUGGCGGACCCAGCGCCGCACCUUUCGUUGACAGCGCUUGUCUCGGUGCCUACGAAGGACGGACAUAUUCUCGAGUUCGAUCCAUUGCAAACAUCGCCCGAAGAAUUGGACACUUUGGAGGGCAUAUCGGACAGUGCCAAGAAGCAGGCGAAGCUAGACAUAGUGCGACUGGUCCAAACCACAGUGGAGAGGUGGAAGAUCAGUUGA